AUGGCCUCAGCAGGGGCUCAUCCGCAUGGCAUGGAACACAGUCGCGCGAACUCCACGGGUUCUUCUCGUGGGCUGGAGAGUCUGGAAAAUGAACGGUGUCUACUCCCCAGCCAGAUUCGCUUGGCGCCGAUUGAAAAUCCCUGUGUGUUCAGCAACAACAAUAAUAGUAAUGAGUGA